CUGAUAAAGUGCAGUUUGAGUGUCUUGAAGAAGAAGAAAAUGGAUUAUUUUAUAGGCAUAGACGUUGGCACUCAAAGUGUUAGAGCAGGUUUAGUUAAUGAAAAUGGUGUAAUGAUUAACUCUGCAUCGAAACCAAUUAAAACGUGGAACCCCUUACCUGAUCAUUAUGAACAAUCCUCUGAUGAAAUUUGGUCAAGCUGUUGUGAUGUUGUAAAGAAAAUUAUUACAGAUUUUCCAGAAGUAAAUAGGAUUAAAGGUGUAGGAUUUGAUGCGACAUGUUCUUUAGUGGUUUUGGAUGAAUCCUGCAAACCUCUCAGCAUCAGUACUUCAGGUAAUCCUGAGCAGAAUAUUAUGCUGUGGAUGGAUCACAGAGCCAAGAAUCAGGCAGAAAGAAUUAACAAAACCAGUCACGACUGUUUGAAGUUUGUCGGCGGGAUUGUCUCUCCAGAAAUGGAAAUACCAAAGUUGUUAUGGCUGAAAGAGAAUUUAACCUCGUGUUGGACUAGCGCUGGUCAUUUUUUUGACCUGCCAGAUUUUCUAACCUGGAGAGCUACAGGAAAUUUUAGUAGAUCUUUAUGUUCUUUAGUGUGUAAAUGGUUGUAUCAAGCUAAUUCGGAAUCGCACGGAUGGCCCGUCGAUUUUUUGAAAUUAAUUAAUUUAGAUGAUUUAACGGAAAAUGACUUUAAAAAAAUAGGUAAUAAAGUACAAAUUCCUGGUGAACCUUGUGGAAAUGGUUUAACAUUUGAAGCAGCCAGAGAACUUGGUCUGUUACCUGGGACGCCUGUUGCGACUUCGAUCAUCGAUGCUCACGCUGGAGGAAUUGGUUUACUCGGUUGUUUACAGAGCCAACAGGAGUUCGAUUCUUUAACGUCCAGAAUGGCAGUGAUAUGUGGAACAUCGACAUGUCACAUGACAAGUACAAGAGAUGCAGAAUUUGUUUCUGGCAUUUGGGGGCCGUAUUAUUCUGCAAUGGUUCCGGGAAUGUGGUUGCUCGAAGCCGGACAGAGUGCAGCUGGAGUUCUGAUUGAUCACAUCAUCAAUACACAUCCAGCAAAAGAAGUGUUAAAUCAUCUUUGUAUAAAAGAAAACAGACACAUUCAGGAGAUCUUAAACUCAAAGUUGGAGGCUCUAAUGGGCAAUCUAUCUUUGGCAGCCGAACUCGUUUCUGAUCUCCACGUUCUGCCAGACUUUCACGGUAAUAGAUCACCGUUAGCUGAUUCUACACUUAAAGGAAUGAUUUGUGGUUUGACAUUGUCUUCCAAUGAAGAGGACUUGCUGAGAAAGUAUCUUGCAACUGUUCAAGCAUUAAGUUAUGGUACGAGACACAUAAUAGAUAGCCUGAAGAAGAAAAAUAUCCUUAUCAAAACUCUUCUUAUGUGCGGAGGAUUAGCGAAAAAUCCACUUUACGUACAGAUGCAUGCCGACGUCACAGGAUUGCCCGUGAUAAUUCCUGAAGAAUCUGAAUCGGUUUUGUUGGGUGGUGCAAUUUUAGCAGCCAGAGCGAGUGAGAAAUAUUCUUCGGUUCCUCUGGCCAUGAACGUCAUGUGUGGCAGAGGAACUAUCAUCUCGCCAAAUUUGAAGUAUAAGAGGUGACUUUAGUUUGUAAAAUGUUUAAUAUUUUCAAAACACUUAUCAAAGAAAGAAUUUUUAUAAAUGGAAUGAUGUUAAUUUUCUGAUAGUUUCAGUUAUUCUAUUGUAAUAAUAAUUUUGCAUUGCAAAAUAUUGUAAACUCAAUUCUGCCAACAAAAAUACAGUACCCAAAAUUUUGUAAGUUACAAAUUAACUGCAUUAUAUUAUGCAGUAAGAAGUGCAAACAUGCCCACUGCAUUAAACACAAGAAAUAUACCAAUAUUCAAAGU